AUGUCUGCCGUCCCUCCGCCGCAGGUCCGCGAGACCAUCAACCUGCUCAUCUCCAACCUGGUCAACAUCAAAGACGAGACCGGAAAAUUCCUGCUGCGCCUGCAGGAUGGCCGGGUCAUCGACACCAAAUCGUGGCACGGCUGGGAAUGGACGCACGGCAUCGGGCUGUACGGGAUCUGGAAGUACUACGAGAUGACGGGCGACGCGAAGCUGCUGCAGAUCAUCGAGGACUGGUUCGCGGCGCGGUUCGCCGAGGGCGGCACGACCAAGAACAUCAACACGAUGGCCGUGUUCCUGACGCUGGCCUACGUCUACGAGAAGACCGGCAACGUCACAUACCUGCCGUGGCUGGACGCGUGGGCGGAAUGGGCCAUGCACGACCUGCCGCGCACCCGCUUCGGCGGCAUGCAGCACAUCACCUACCUGACCGAGAACUACCAGCAGCUGUGGGACGACACGCUGAUGAUGACGGUGCUGCCGCUGGCGAAGAUUGGGAAGCUGCUCAACCGCCCGGCGUACAUUGCCGAGGCGAAGCGUCAGUUCCUCGUACAUAUCAAGUACCUGUUCGACGCGCGGACGGGGCUGUUCUAUCAUGGGACAGCACCGGGUCGUGGCAUACUCUUCUCGAUCAUUCGGACUCGUACGUGGAAGCCUCUGCGACGGCCGGGUUUGCCUAUGGCAUCCUGA